CUCAACCAAACUCGGCCAACUUCAGAUUGAAAAAAAUUAAUAGUGACCUAAUGUAAUUUUUCAUUCUCGAAGAGAAUUUUUUCACAUAAGUAUAUUUUCGUGGAUAAAUGAGAAAUGGCUUUUCGUUUACUGGGGCAACCUUUGAAACGUGCGAUUACUUCACUUGGUAGCCGUGCUCAUUCAGUGACAUCUGUAACUCCAAAAAUUGGUGUCGAUGGAAUGCCUACUGAACACCACAUAUAUGGAACUCAAAUUGGUACCCGUGACAUCGUCGGUUUUGGUUGGAAUGGACUUCCUUCCUAUGUUGACCGAAGUGAUUUUCCAUUACCAGCCAUUCGCUGGAGAGAAGAGACCCCUGAAAUUACGCUUCUUCGUCAAAAAGAGAAAGGCGACUGGAAAAAGUUAACAAAGCAUGAAAAGAAAGCUCUUUAUCGUCAUUCGUUUUGUCAAACCUUCGCAGAAUUCGAAGCACCAACUGGUGAAUGGAAAUUAUGUGUUGCUGGUGGUCUAAUUGCAGCAUCACUGGCUAUUUGGUUUGCUAUUUGGAUGCGUCUUUAUGUAUUGCCACCGCUGCCAUCGAGUGUUAGUGAAGAAUCACGAAAGGCUCAAUUGAAACGAAUGUUGGAUCUUGGUGUUGGCCAUGUUGACGGUCUUUCAUCAAAAUGGGAUUACGAAAAUAAGCGAUGGAAAUGAACACAAGAAAACAAAGAAUUUGUGUAAAUUAAAUAGAAAUGACCACAAUAAAUGAUUGAAUAAAAAAAAGUUA